GGCAGCUCCCUCUCUCCGUCCUCAGCGCGGCCCGGCCUCGCCGGCUGGGCUGUGCCGGCCGGCCCGGCCGCCCCUCAAGGGGGGGCUUCCCUCGCCGUUCCGCGGCCUCCCCGCCCCGGCGCCGUGCCGUUGUGAGGUGGUGGUGGCGGGCGGUGGGGGAAGCACCCUCGCCUCGCCCGCCGCCGGGGCAGCGGGAGCCCGCAGGCGCCGGGAACGCCGCACCGGCGCUCGGUAGACGCCGGGGCUGGCACAGGGCGACAGGUUUUUCUCAGAAUUUUCUAGCAAAUUCAUAAAUCCUGAUAAAUACUGAGGGAAGCUGGAGCCCCUGCGCGGCGGAGGAGCGCCCGUAGGAGCGUUUCGGGGGUGCUGCAGGCACUGCCGCCCCGGCGCGGCGGGAGGCUGAGGGGCGGUCGGCACGGCACGGCACGGCUCCGCGCCCGCCCCGGCCUCCCCCUUACCGGCGGGCCUGUCCUCAGAGGGUCUGCGCCCUCAAAAGUACAUCGUCUUCCUCGACGACCAGCGGGUGAGAUGUCGAGCUGUUGCCUAUUUUUAAUGGUCCUGUUAUACUUAGGAUCUCGCCCGUUACCAGUGUCGAACAAUAGCUUGGUGUGGUAUAACAACACUCAAAAUAGGCGAGCAUCCACCUUAGCCGAGAGCUGACACAUCACCUGCCUGUUCCAGCGAUCAUAAGCAAAAAGGCAUGGAGCAGAUGGUAUAAGCAUCUUAAAAACAAACGUGCCCAGCCAGGAAAUGAUUUGGAGGUCGGUGAGCCAUUCAAAGAGGAGAAGGCUGUUGCUAAAUACUUACGUUUCAACUGUCCAACAAAAUCCACCAACAUGAUGGGCCACCGAGUUGAUUAUUUUAUUGCCUCAAAAGCUGUGGAUUGCCUCCUGGAUUCUAAAUGGGCAAAGGCAAAGAAAGGAGAAGAGGCUUUGUUUACAACCCGAGAGUCUGUAGUUGAUUACUGCAACAGACUCCUGAAAAAACAGUUCUUUCAUCGAGCAUUAAAAGUGAUGAAGAUGAAACCUGACAAGGAUACAAAGAAAGAAAAGGAAAAAGGAAAGGCUGAGAUUGGGAAAGAAGAGGAGAAAAAGAGCAAGAAGGAAAGUGGCAAAGAUGACAAAAAUAAGAAGGAGAAAGAAAAGAAGAAGGAUGGUGAAAAAGAGGAGUGUAAGAAAGAUGAGACCCCAGGAACACCCAAGAAAAAGGAAACUAAAAGGAAAUUUAAACUUGAGCCGCAUGAAGACCAAGUUUUCUUGGAUGGCAAUGAGGUGUAUGUGUGGAUCUAUGACCCCGUUCACUUUAAAACUUUUGCCAUGGGACUUGUACUUGUGAUUGCUGUUAUAGCUGCAACCCUGUUCCCGCUCUGGCCAGCGGAAAUGCGUGUUGGUGUUUAUUACCUCAGUGUAGGCGCAGGCUGUUUCGUCGCCAGUAUUCUUCUUCUUGCCGUUGCUCGCUGCAUCCUUUUCCUGAUCAUCUGGCUCAUCACUGGAGGAAGGCAUCACUUCUGGUUCCUGCCAAACCUUACAGCGGAUGUGGGCUUCAUCGACUCCUUCAGGCCUCUGUACACACAUGAAUACAAAGGACCAAAAGCAGACUUAAAGAAAGAGGAAAAAUCAGAAUCCAAAAAGCAGCAAAAAUACGACAGUGAGGAGAAAUCAGACAGUGAGAAGAAGGAAGAAGACGAUGGGAAAACAGAAGGACCGAGGAACUCGGGAACAGACGGCUCUGGAGGAGAGCGGCAUUCAGACACUGACAGUGACAGGCGUGAAGAUGACAGGUCCCAGCACAGUAGUGGAAAUGGAAACGACUUUGAAAUGAUCACAAAAGAGGAACUGGAACAGCAAACAGAUGAAGGGGAUUGUGAAGAGGAGGAAGAGGAGGAAGAGACCGAAAGUAGGCCUUCACAUGAAAAAUCAUAACUCACUGUGGUUUGGGGACUAAGUAUGUGCAAAUGGUUGGAUUUUCUUUGUUGGCUGAUCACCAAAACAUAGACCAUACAGUAGCGUCUUUGUUUGCUGAAAUAUACAUGUUACCAAACAGUUUUAUAUCUAGUUCCUUCAUUUUUUUAACCAUUAACUUGAUUAUUUGGUACUAUGUUAAUCAUUAAUAUCCAUUUACAGAAGUUUUAUCAAUCUGACAAGUUUUCUAUUGAUUGAUAGAUUGCCCAGAUUGUCCUCAAACAUACUGAGAAACACUUUUCUGGUACUUGCAUAACUGGUCGAUUAGUUUAGCUUCUCAAACUUGCUUUUGUAAAACAGGUAAAAGUUGAAUGACCAAAUCUUCGAUUAUUCCUAGCUAUUUGAUCUCUAGUUAGGUAAAGCCCAUCUUAGCCCACAGCUUUCUUGAUAUCCUUCUUGAUUUUGUUUUCAAAAGAUUGUGAGAACUUUCCUGAGAAAACUAGUUUUAGUAGAAGUAUUUGGCUGAAAAUGUAGAAGCUGGUAGUGCUGAAUUCAGCUGCAGUGCUCUCUCUUUCUCCAGACUGCAUGCCAGCAACUGAGGAAAUCCAAACUGGUUUUGUACAUCUGGUUCACAGAAAGAUGUCAUCUCCAGCAGGUGAAGGAACUCUCCAGGUUUGGAGAUCCUGGCUUGUUUUCCUUCUCCUGCUCCAUCAUAAUUAAAAAAUAAAUAAAUGUAUUCUGUACAUAAUUUACAAAUAAAGCAAACCAUUUACUUUAACUGCUACUUAUUAUUUAGAGAUUUGAUCCAGCAUUCAGUUUGUAUUAUUAAAGCCAUUUUGUGGUGUAUCUAUCGGAGAAAUGCAAGUCACGAGGACCUCACAGAAUAUUUGUGUAUGAUUGGUAGCUGUUCCACAAGAGCUUUAGUUUUGUGCCAACAUUCCAUGUAUUUGAGUAUGAGUAAAUUGAUCUUUAUUAAAUGAAAGCAAACAACAUAGCUGUAUGUAUGCCUUAAUGUUAAACUUGCUCUAUUCUGGAACCGGAAUACUUUUUAAACUGAAGAGGCAGCAGAGUAUUCCUCUGUUCAGAAACACAGGUAACUCAAAGCUAAUAUGAAGUGAACAUUAAUAAUUUGUUUAUAAAUA